AUGGCGACCGGGGAGGGGCGGGCUGACGUUCAGGGCCCUUGUCCCGCGGGCGGACGCGCCGGACGAGGGGUCCGGAGGCUAGGGAAUGGCCGCGGUGUGGCAGCAGGUCUUAGCAGUAGACUCGAGUUUCGGACACAGUACAUCAGGCAGCGCAGCCAGCUGCUGCGGGAGAAUGCUAAGGCUGAGCAUCCCCCAGCCCUGCGUCGGUAGUACCUGAGACUGCGUGGGCAGCUGUUGGGCCAGCGCUAUGGGCCCCUCUCCGAACCAGGCUGCGCUCGCGCCUGUGGCAACAGCAUUGUACGCAGCAGCCGUACUACCCUCGACCGCAUGGAGGACUUUGAGGAUGAUCCUCGGGCCCUGGGGGCCCGUGGGCACCGCCGUUCCGUCAGCCGUGGCUCCUACCAGCUGCAGGCUCAGAUGAACUGCACUGUCCAUGAGGCUAGGCCCCCUGGCAGUGUUGUGCCCACGUCAGCGGCAGAGGCAAGUCGGGCCAUGGCUGCGGACACAUCGCUGAGUGAGAACUGUGCCUUCGCAGGCAUGUACCAUGUCUUUGACCAGCAUGUGGAUGAGGCAGUCCCAAGGGUGCGCUUCGCCAAUGAUGACCGGCACCGCCUGGCCUGCUGCUCACUGGAUGGCAGCAUCUCACUGUGCCAGCUGGUGCCUGCCCCGCCCACUGUGCUCCGUGUGCUGCGGGGCCACACCCUUGGUGUCUCCGACUUUGCCUGGUCCCUCUCCAGUGACAUCCUUGUGUCCACCUCGCUUGAUGCCACCAUGCGUAUCUGGGCCUUCGAGGAUGGCCGCUGUAUCUGGGAGAUCCCUGACCCCGAUGGCGCUGAAUUGCUCUGCUGCACCUUCCAGCCUGUCAACAACGACCUCACUGUGGUGGGGAAUUCCAAGCACAACGUGCACGUCAUGAACAUUUCCACGGGCAAGAAAGUGAAGGGCGGCUCCAGCAAGCUGAUGGGCUGGGUCCUUGCUCUGUCCUUCGAUGCCCCUGGCUGGCUGCUCUGGGCAGGCGACGACUGCGGCAGUGUCUUCUCCUUCCUCUUUGACAUGGCCACAGGGAAGCUGACCAGAGCCAAGCGUCUGGUGGUACAUGAGGGUAGCUCUGUGACCAGCAUCUCCGCCCGUUCCUGGGUUAGCCGUGAGGCCCGGGACCCCUCGCUGCUCAUCAACAUUUGUCUCAACAAGCUGCUGCUCUACAGGGUAGUGGACAACGAGGGCACCCUGCAGCUGAAGAGGAGUUUCCCCAUUGAGCAGAGCUCCCACCCCGUGUGCAGCAUCUUCUUCCCCCUCAUGUCCUUCCGCCAGGAGGCCUGUGUGGUGACAGGCAGCGAGGACAUGUGUGUGCACUUCUUUGAUGUGGAGCGGGCAGCGAAGGCUGCUGUCAACAAGCUGCAGGGCCACAGCGCACCUGUGCUCGACGUCAGCUUCAACUGCGACGAGAGUCUGCUCGCCUCCAGUGAUGCCAGCGGCAUGGUCAUUGUCUGGAGGCGGGAGCAGAAGUAGGGUCCUUCCGGCCCUGCCACCAUCCACUUUCCCACCCCCUCCCACCUUGUGUUUGUAAAGUUUCUGUGAUCAUGCUGA